AUGCCUAUCAAGUACAUCCGCCAAUCCCCGAUCUUCAAGCGCGACGAAGAGGGUUCCGAGCCCCGCGUCGCCCACCUGCACCUCGCGAAGCAGAACCGCUUCGGCACAGGGAACCACUCGUACGUAUACCGCGCAGCCCUUACGCUCCCAGAACCGCUGUCCGCGCACUCCCCGACCGGCCAAGUGACCGUCGCGGCCAAGCUCGCGUACCCGCGCUGCACGGCACACAACCUCCUGCGCAACGAAGGGCGCGUGUACGACACCUUCCCGUCGCACAUCCAGGAGGAGCACUGCGGAUACAACAUCGUGCCGCAGUGCCGCUUCCCCGUCCCGGCCACGGCGAUCGUGCCCAAGUUCUUUGGGUACUACCUGCCCGUGAACGCGCGCGGCGAGGUGGUGGACCACGGCGCUGACCACGAGAAGUGCUCGGAGCGCAACCCGUGUACGGUUAGUUGGCCCUCGCCCAUCCUGCUCAUGGAGGAGUGCGGGCAGCCCGUCGAGCCGUCCAAGUUCACCAUCGAUCAACGAACGGAGUGCUUCUCGCUCAUCCUGCGCCUGCACUAUCUCGCGAUUGUGCAGGGCUCGUUCUACGUGCGCAACAUCAUGAUCCAGCCGGGGCCGCUCACAGCGCCGCCCGCGGAGCGCAGCUACGACACGCCGAGCUUCCGCAUCAUCGACUUCGGGCGCGGUGAGUCGUGGGACUGGCACCUCGAGAGCGCGCGGCGGCUCGGGUCGUGGCGGGACUCGCGCGAGAAGAUCCGCGGGGAGUUCAUGGCGCGCGUGGGCGACGAGCUGCAUCGCGCGCGCAAGGAGCUGCUCAUCGACGACUUUGGGUUCUGAGGUCUUUGCGUCGGCUCGAAGAGCAGUCAGCGGUCUUCCUCCC